CGCGGAGCCUCGCCCCCGAGGCGCCCCAUUGGCUGCCGAGCCUAUAUAUGGCCGUCAGCUGGGGGCGGGCUCUCUUUCGGCUCCGCGCCGCCCGGGCCUCCAUACGGCGUUGUCAGCGUUCCCUGUCGUUGCUUCCCAAGGGAAACCCCACAAUGUCCGGAGGCCUCGAUGUCCUGCAGAUGAAGGAGGAGGAUGUCCUCAAAUUCCUCGCUGCCGGGACCCACCUGGGAGGUACCAACCUGGACUUCCAGAUGGAGCAGUACAUCUACAAAAGGAAGAGCGAUGGUAUUUACAUCAUCAAUCUGAAGAGGACCUGGGAAAAGCUGCUCCUGGCAGCUCGUGCCAUUGUUGCCAUUGAGAACCCAGCUGAUGUGAGCGUCAUUUCUUCCAGGAACACUGGACAGCGUGCAGUCCUGAAGUUCGCUGCUGCCACUGGGGCUACUCCCAUUGCUGGGCGCUUCACCCCUGGCACCUUCACAAACCAGAUCCAAGCAGCUUUCCGUGAGCCGCGGCUCCUGGUGGUGACGGACCCGCGGGCGGAUCACCAGCCCCUGACCGAGGCAUCCUACGUGAACAUCCCCACCAUCGCCCUGUGCAACACGGACUCCCCGCUGCGCUACGUGGAUAUCGCCAUUCCCUGCAAUAACAAGGGAGCGCACUCGGUGGGCCUGAUGUGGUGGAUGCUGGCUCGGGAGGUGCUGCGCAUGCGUGGCACCAUCUCCCGUGAGCACCCGUGGGAAGUCAUGCCUGACUUGUACUUCUACAGGGAUCCCGAGGAGAUUGAAAAGGAGGAGCAGGCAGCUGCUGAGAAAGCAGUCACAAAGGAGGAAUUCCAGACUGAAUGGACAGCCCCAGCACCUGAAUUCACUGCUCCUCCUCAGCCCGAGGUUGCAGAUUGGUCUGAGGGAGUGCAGGUCCCAUCCGUGCCCAUCCAGCAGUUCCCCACAGAGGACUGGAGUGCUCAGCCUGCCACCGAGGACUGGUCAGCAGCUCCCACUGCCCAGGCUACUGAGUGGGUUGGCACUGCCACGGAAUGGUCUUAACUUCAGCCCUGCUGUACUGUGAGAGAAAUAAAGGCUGGUUUAGUACGCGC